AUGAACCGGUAUAUCAUUCUCGCCGCCUUAGUCCUGGCUGUGGCCUUCGCCGCCCCCGCACCAAAGGAGGAGGACAAGAAGGAAGCUCCAGCCGCCGCAAAGACUGAGGAAAAGAAAGCCGACACCGAAGAUCUCCCCAAAUACGUCGGAGGACCAAUCGCCAAGAUCUACAGAGACCUGAAUGCCGAGCAAAAGAAGGAAGUCGAUGUGAUCCUGAAGGACUCGGAGAAGGACACCAAGAAGGUGUUCUACGCCAAGAUCAAGGCCUUCAACGACAAAUUGGACGCCAAAUUGAAGAAGGUCUUGGAUGAUGACAAGAACAACUUCGAGGAGUUCAAGAAGCAGAUCCGCGAGAAGUCCAAGAAACUGGACAAGGAAGGAAAAGCCUUGUACGAGGACCUGAAGAAGAACUUCGAGAACGAGGACCAGACUUUCGAGGAGGAGCACAACAACUUGGUCAAGAUCAUCAAGGGCGCCCCCAAGCCGGCCGUCGAGCAGUUCCAGAAGGCCGAGAUUCCAUUGCCCAAGAUUGAAUAG